CAAUCCCACGAGAAAAUUUAAAAAAAAAAAAUUAAAAAAAAAAAAAAUAAGAAACAAAGAAUAAGGUGUCUCUCUCUUGGACUGAUUCGUUUCAAUCGCAUCUAUCUCUUCCUCCCUUUGCUAUUCUUUCUCUAUAACUUUUUUUCUCUCUCUAUCCAUGUCAUAAGGAGAUUAUAUAUAUACAUAUAUAUAUAUAUUAGCCAAAAAAAAAAAAAAGCAUAGGAAAGGAAAAAGUAGGUGAAAAAACAAAACUAAGUGCAUGAAAAAGAGAGAGAAAAUUGUAUGAAGGUUAAGAAAAAAAUGGUGGUGGUGAUGAAGAUGGUGGAGAUGGUGGUGGUGGUGGUGGUCUCUCAACAGACAUAAUUCAUUAAUUACUAUUAUUUUUUCUUGAUUCCCUUCUCUCUCUAAAAAGUAUCUCUCUCUCCUCCCAUUUUUUUUUUCUGUGAUAUAUAUAUAUAUCAACACACUCUUUAUUUUCUCUCUUAUUUCUCUCAUAGAAGAGUCCGCCUUAGAGACUUUGAAGAGAAGGGCAUCUUCUUCCCUCUCUUUCAUGCUUCUUAUGUGGUAGCGUUUAUUGUUUUGUCCCCUCCUUUCACAUUUUGCUCCCUUUCUCUCUCUAUCUCUAUUCCUCUUAAGUUUUCCCACAAUCUCUUUUUUUUCUUUUUUUUCUUUUUUUUUGCUUUUACCAAUAACCCUCUCUCUCUCUCUCUCUCUCUCUCUGACACCCUUCUCUUAUUUCAUAUACAUAAACAUCCCGGCACAUUCAUUUCCAUCACAAUCCCUAUUCCUCUCUUUUGUGCGUUAUUCUUCCAUUAUAUUUAUCAUAUUAAUGGCUGUUCAAGCUCAAUACCCUUCUAAUGUUCUCCUUCUAAAUAGAAACGGACAAGAAGGGCAUGAUUAUUCGUUACAACCACAACCAGGAGGAUUUCUUGAUCAAUCUCCUAUGAUAUUCAACAAUGGCGGAGGUGGUGGUGGUGGUGGCGGUGGUAACCAAAGGAAAAGAGGAAGAGAAACUUCAACUGCUACUGGAAUUACAGCUCCAAUCAAUACCAAUAACUUUUCUUUGCAACAACAAUCUCAAAAUCAUCAUCAUCAUCAUCAUCCUCAGCUUAUCGACCUCUCUCAGCUCCAUAAUCACCAACAACAACCCAAUGUGGUCUCCACUGGAUUACGAUUAUCCUUCGGUGAUCAACAACAACAACAACAACAAUUACAACACCAUCACAAUCAUCAUCAUCAUCAACAACAACAACAACAUAAUAUCAGCCACUCAUCUGCUUUGUUAUCUGUAUUAGCAGAGGAUUUUGCUUCACAAAUCAAACAACAAAAAGAAGAAAUCGAUCAAUUCCUUCGAGCCCAGGGAGAGCAGCUACGGCGCACAUUAGCGGAGAAAAGGAAUAUGCACUACCGUACGCUUCUGGGCGCAGCGGAGGAAACGAUAGUACGGAGGUUGAGAGAGAAAGAAGCGGAGGUAGAGAAAGCGAGCCGCCGAAACGCCGAGUUGGAAGCACGGGCGGCGCAACUUAGCAUCGAGGCGCAGGUUUGGCAAGCGAAAGCGAGGGCACAGGAAGCAACAGCGUCGUCUUUGCAGGCACAGCUACAGCAGGCUAUAAUGAGCGGAGGUGUGGUGGGUGCGCAGGAUAGGAGAGGUGGGGUUGAGGAUGCUGCUGGGCUAGGAUGCACUGUGGGCGCAGCGGCUGAUGGAGGCCAACAAGCCGAGGAUGCCGAGUCGGCCUAUAUUGACCCGGACCGAGUCGUCGUGUCGGGACCGAGUUGCAAAGCGUGUGGGAAGCGAGUCGCUUCGGUGGUUCUGUUGCCGUGUCGGCAUCUAUGCCUAUGUACAGAAUGUGACCAAGUGGUUCAGGUUCAGGCUUGCCCACUCUGCCUCUCUAUGAGAAAUUCGAGUAUUGAAGUUUUUCUCUCCUAGGCCCUAAGCCCAAACCCAAUGCUGGAAGCCCAACGGUAUAAUUAAAAAAAAAAAAAAACUUUUUUAUAUAAUAUUAUAUAAAAAAGAAAAAAAAAUCAAUAAUAUUAAGCAUAAUAAAAAUCACAUUCCCUCUCCUUUGAAUUUUGGUUAUUUUUUUUUUUUUGGUGGGAAAAGAUUCUCAUAGCUUGAUGGUAUUUCCCAAAAGCUCAAAUUUUUUUCUUUUUUUCUUUUUUUGGGUUUUAUUUUCUUGGUUCCUUCCCUUCCCCCUCUUGGAGUGAAUUUUCACCUAGAGGUAAUGUACAUGGCCACGUGGGUAGUGGAAUUGUUCUUUUUCAUUUUCCUUUUUUCUUUUUUUGUGAAAUUAAAUUCUUAUAUAAAUUCUUUUAUUUGAUAUAUAUACAGUCUUUUCUUGUAUA